AUGGCGAUUCUAAUUGUGUAUGUGGAUGAUAUUGUGCUGACUGGAGAUGAUUCUGUUGAAUUGAAAAUUUUGAAAGGAAGACUUGGUGAAGAAUUCGAAAUCAAGGAUUUGGGUGCUUUGAAAUACUUUCUUGGAAUGGAAUUUGCAAGAUCCAAAGAAGGUAUAUUUGUAAGUCAACGUAAGUAUGUGCUUGAUCUACUCAAUGAGACAGGAAUGAUGGUUUGUAAGCUUGCUGAAACACCAAGUGAACCUAAUGUUAAAUUACAACAUGUAGACUUGAAGAAUAUGAAGGAACUUUACAAAAUUCUAAGGUAUCUAAAGGGAACACCUGGAAAAGGCCUCUUGUUCAAAUCUCGAGGGCAUUUGGAAAUUGAAGUCUAUACAGAUGUUGAAUGGGCCGGCAGUAUAGUAGACAGGAGAUCUACCUCAGGCUAUUGUUCAUUCGUUGGUGGUAAAUUAGUUACUUGGCGUAGUAAGAAACAGAAUGUGGUGGCUAGAAGUAGUGCGGAAGCUAAAUACAGGGAUGGUGCUCAUGGCUUGAGUGAAGUUAUAUGGAUAAAAAGAUUGCUUGAAGAUCUGAAGUCAUAA